UUGAAACUAAUGUGGUCAGCGUCCAAUGUCGAGGAUUUACAGAGCUAUUUAUUGUGAGGAUUUAUUUACCACUACAGACCAUUUGAGGUAUAAGACAACAGGUCUCGGGUUUUGGCGCGAAAUUCACUCAUCCGCUAAGUACAGUUUUGGCGUUGUAGCUAAUGUCAGUUCGUGAUGAAAACUCUAAAUCUAAUUCCUGACAUAAACCAUGAACUGCAAAUCACAAUUCUAAUUCCUCACACUGGAUUAUGACUCUCAUUUGGUCCUAAUUAUUAAAUGGACAUUCUCAGGGUUACUUUAGCGUCGCUCAAAGGUCGUCCAUAAAUUAUAGUCUUACUGUUAUAUAUAUAUAUAUAUAUAUAUAUAUAUAUAUUCAACCAGCAAUUAGUGGCUAUGGACUGGCUCCAUAUCCUUUUGUUACUCAACCCCGAGGUUGAGAUCUCAUUGGCUUAGUCAUUUCCGACUGUGAUCAAAGAAAAAGGUUACUUCAACCACUGAAUUCCUGGUGAUAUAAACCAACAGUUGAAGAUGCUAAGUGGUAUGCCUCGGAGUUAAUCACAAUUAAGCCUGGAAUGUAUCUACAUUGCUCAUAACUGAAGCGCACUUUUAGUAUACUAAAGUUCAGAUCAAUACUAUAGUAUUGAUCUGAACAUUUAAUUUUCUGUUAGUCACGAACUCUUACUCAUCUCCAGUUAUCGUUUCAUGUUUCUCAGCCAACAGUGAUCACAAAGCAUUUAGUGGACGUAAAAAUCGGCAUGAACAGUUUUUACCACAAUUUACCGAAAAUUGAGUUGCAUGCCCACCUUUCUGGGAGUAUUAGUUCGGCGUUUUUGAAGCGUGAAUCAAUUACCAACCGUGAUGUUCAGAACAUUAAUCCAGGUUUUGAUUUUGAAACAUGGAACGGGGAUGUGAAUAGGUGUUUUGAUGCUUUCCGAACAAUCCACAAAUUAAUUGAAACGCCAGAGAUUUUGGAGAGAGCUACAACUUCCGUUAUUGAAGAAUUUCAUCAAGAAAACGUCAUUCUUUUGGAAUUGAGGACUACGUUACGACCAAUUCCAACUCAUCGUUCUUAUUUGAAUGCGGUAAUCAGAGGAAUACAGAAUGCACCGAGUGUACUUGAUAAUAAAAUAUAUGUGACAUUAAUACUAUCUAUAGACAGAUCUAAAAGUCUUGAUGAAGCGUUACUCACUUUAGAGUUAGCAAAGGAAUACUAUUCCAAUGGAUUGGUAUCAGGCAUUGAUCUCAGCGGAAAUCCACUAGUAGGUUCAUCUGUUUAAAAAUUCCUAAUGACUUAAUUUUCAUAAUCUCAUAUUUGAUUGUACUUCCUCUACUAAAUUGAUCCAUAACUCAACCCAACAAUGUUGUAUAAUCACUUAGUCGGUUCUACUGUGCUUUAUUUCAGGGUAUUUAGUAGUUGUUCAUAUCACACCUGAUUAAUUGGAGUUACUUAUAAAACAAUCGCUGGUAAUGUGUUUUUAUUAUUGUCUGAUUGUAAAACUUAAAUGAAAAUAAUAAAAUUAUAACACGUAUCAAAUGCUAGAAAUUAAGGUAUUAUGUAUAUGAUAGCUUAAAGAAAAUUUAAAUGCUUUAUAAGAAAUAGUGUGUUUGUCAGUAAUAAUAAUAAUAGUGUUUCGAGAUAUUUUCCUACCAACCAAUUCAUUUUUGUGUGAAAUCCGAUCAUUGAUAAUCUACCUAUUGGACGUUUUGGUGUUAAGAAUUUAAAUGGAGUACUCGAAAGAUAAAGUUACUAAUAAGAUCCGUCAUAAUACUCACCAGCAAGGUAUAUUUGAGUGCACCAAUAUCUUAGUGUUCAAACAAGUUAUUCAAAUAGAGCAAGAACAAAAAACGUGGUAGAAUAACAUGAAUUCUUUUUAUUUCGUGGUUUCUUAUCAGCUGCAUACAACUUGAACAUAAUAGUAUUAUUCAUUAAAGAUUAGUGUACAUACUUGAUAUCACAAUAAAGCAAAUGUUCUUAUGGAUAACGAUUAAUAACCUGACUGUAGCUGCUACCUUGACAUGGUGGUCGGGCUUGCCUAUCGUGAUGACCCAACCGAGCUAUACUAGCUGGAUCAUAUGUUCCUGUAGGUUCUACCAUGCCAAACAGGUCGACUGGAGAACGGUAAGACUAUAAGCAGCAACUCAAGAUCUGAGGGUGAGGUCGUACUGAUGACUGUUGAGGGGGGUGUGACAGAAGUAAGGUGUUUCCUUUAGCAAUCAGCAUGGGCAGCGAUACUGCUUUCUCACAUGGAAGGAAGGGGUUAGAAAAGGUCAUUCAUUUGACCUCACCAUAUCGAAAUAAAGAACCAUUACGACUCACGCUUCCUGUAUCUAGAAACCCUGAUACUGCUUUUCAAGGUCUGGUUGGUGUAGGUAUAGCACUGGGUCAUAGGGCGGAACUAGCUCUCUUAGACUGAAUCCCAGUAGACAGUCGUUUGUGCGCUGUCCGACUAAACGGAACAGUAAGGACUCGUAAAGAUAGGGACACUCGUCGUUGCCUCUUCGUCGUCUCUACCUACUCUCCCAUUGACUGCAGCUCAGAUGAUGUAAAAGAUUAGUUUUACAGAAAGCUUUCUGACCUCCAAAAAGUUGGGCACUCUGAUGUAGCAAUAGUGGCUGGUGACUUUAAUGCUCAAGUAGGUAAACUAAGCGAAAGGGAAAGACACCUGGGUGGAUCUUAUAGUGUCGUGACUCAAAGAACAGAUAAUAACGACCGUCUGUUGCAAUCAUGCUCAGAUAACCGCCUGUUCCUUGCAAAUACUAACUUUAAGUAUAAGGAAAACACUUUAUGACAUGGCGACCUCCAAAUUCGUCCCAACGUUUGACCCAAAUAGAUCACAUCGCUAUCAGUCACCGAUGGAGGAGCUCGAUAGAAGACUUUCGCUCAUUCUGGAGCACAUGCUUAGAUUCAGAUCAUGCUCUAGUACGAGCGCGUAUCUGUCUGCGUCUUACUGGACGUAGGAAAGACGCUGUAAGGAAACCUCUUAGGGUCCUACUUAAUGAUAGUCAAGCUAAAAGCAUAUUUCAGGAACAACUAGGAAAACAGUUAGGCAGCCAUGUAUGUGAUGCCCACCCCGAGGCAGCAUGGAAUGAUAUCCGCAAAACUGUGGAAACCAGUGAUAACUGCUAGUCAGGUAAACCAUAAGGUUGAGGAGAAAUACUGGAUCUCAGCAGCAUCUACCUCACUGAUAGAUGCUCGAGAACUCAUUCCAUCUGGCUCCGAGCAUAACGAAGAGCGGAGUCAGCUUAAGCACUGAAUGAUAUAAAGCCUACGCAAUGAUCGCGAACAGUGGUGGGUAGCGAAAGCAAGAGAGGUGGAAAAGGCAACGGCAAUAGAUAACAGCAGACAAUUGUUCAGACUUGUUAAGGAAAGCGGAAUUAGGAACCCGACUGUUAGCGAAACAAUCUCAGAGAAAGAUGGACAUAUUAUUCAUUCUCAAUCCAGGAGAUUGGAUGGAUGGGCAGAACACUUUAGGGAUCAGUUCAACUGGCCUACAGCCACACUUCAGUUUCCCACGAUCUCCAGUCAACCUGAAUGGCAAGUUAACGUAGGUCCUCC